AACUCAUAAACGAGUUGUAUAAAAAUGACAAAAUUUUUGUGUGCUAUCCUCCUCCUCCUUUUGGUUGUUGCUAUCUCAGAAAGUGAGGCCACCAUCACCAUCGGACCUCCAACAAGACUAUGUGAAAGGUUGAGUAACACAUUUUCGGAGAGAAUAUGCAUCAUCGGAAGCAACUGUAACGCAAGGUGUUUAGAGGAAAGAGCGGUUAGUGGCGCAUGUCGCUUGCGUCAAGGGAGAUUAAGUUGCGUUUGCUCCUUUAACUGUUCCAACACACCACCUCCUCCUUCACCACCGGCCUCACCGCCGCCUCCACCACCCACUUCACCGCCCCCUCCUCUAGUCUCACCACCCCCUCCACCACCCGUCUCGCCGCCCCCACCUCCACCUGCGUCACCGCCUCCUCCACCACCAAGCUCACCGCCACCACCUCCACCUGCCUCGCCGCCCCCUACACCACCCCGCUCACCGCCUCCUCCACCACAACUAUCACCACCACCACCUAGCUCACCGCCUCCUCCUCCACCCCGUUCACCACCUCCACCCACCUCGCCGCCCCCUCCACCACCCCGCUCACCGCCUUCACCACCACCACCUGCC